ACAAUUCAUUACCUUUAUGAGACUUUCUCCAACAAAAUCAAUGGCGGAAGAAGAAACAUCAACUCGACCAGAGUUUCCUCUCGGAAGGGUAAAGAAGAUAAUGAAACUCGACAAAGACAUCAACAAAAUCAACUCAGAAGCUCUUCACGUCAUCACUUACUCCACCGAACUCUUCCUCCACUUCCUCGCCGAGAAAUCAGCGGUUGUUACGGUGGAGAAGAAGCGUAAAACUGUUAAUCUCGAUCAUUUAAGAACCGCCGUUAAAAGACACCAACCCACGAGUGAUUUCCUCUUAGACUCGCUUCCGUUACCGGCUCAGCCAGUCAAACAUACCAAAUCAGUUUCAGACAAGAAGGCUCCUCCGCCGCCAAUUGGGACUCGUCGUAUCGAUGAUUUCUUUAGUAAAGGGAAAGCGAAGACUGAUGAUUCAGCAUAACGUAAAAUUUCUCAUUUUGUUCUCAAUUGCAAAUUUUUACUCUGUGCUCAAAUCAAAAUCUUGUUUUGCUAAAAUUGUAAUGAGAAUGUAUUGAUCAUGAAGAACUUUUAACCGAAAUAAACCCGAUUUUUGUCCUGUGACUGAGAUAAAUCUUAUUGUGUUGCUUAGAAUUCUCUGCAUUGUUCUAACUUUGGUUGUGUAUAGAGUGAGAGAUGUUUGAGGUGUGUAUUGUUCUUUAAACUAUUCUUAUAUGAAUACUACUUGAGUGUUUCUGCUCUUCUGAAAGAACGCGGCUAUAGAAGUUGUCGCUGUUUCAGUAUUAUGCUAUACUUUGUUUGAUUAUGAGCCGAUAAGCUCGGUUGUGACCGAGCAAAAUGAAAGCUUUUGUGGUAAAUGUCUGUUUCAGUGUUCUCUAGUUUCUUCAUUCUGAUAAGCUUUCUAGAGUAGAAGUGAACUAGGCUGAUGGGUAAAGUCAGAAACUUGAACAAGAAAGUGUGAUAUUUCUCAAGAUCAUACAUUUGUCAAUAACUCCUCUAAUGCUUAUCUUCCUACAAACUCUAAUGUCAAAAAACAUUCAUCUUAUAUCAUCUGCUUUGCUGUGUGGAUUUGGUAUAUGUUCCUUUCUUUGCUUUUAUGGUUUCAGACCAAGUCUAGUGGUUUAUUCGCUGAUGACUUCGGAAAGAAAGAAAGUGAUUAUGUGGGAAUAUCAAAUUCAUUGAAUCCAAUGAAACAUCCACUUUGUU